AUGGCUGAUGGUGGCGAUUGGGGAGGUGAUGCAGUGACAUCUACAUCCAGGAAACAGAAAGGUGGGAAAUUAGGUAAAGUGGGCAAACUCCUCAAAAGUAUUUGGCCAGGCACCUCAUCAAAGGAAGAUGGUCAGAACACAGGAACAACAACAGAAAAACAAAGUGGGAUUGAGAGCGGAACCUCAAUGGAAUGUGAAGCCGCCGACGAGGAAAGGGAACAAUAUCAAUACCGAAGGAGAGGAAUAGGAGACGUGGUUCACGGCCCUGGAACUGACCCAAGUGGCGAAAUCCAUCAUGACCGAGAUUCAUCAAACAAGGAAUCAUCGAAUCUCAUCCAAGUGGCAGAGCUACAGAGUUUGGGAACGUCUGUCGACAUCAUGGCUGAAGGUGGUGACAGGGAAGGUGGUUCAGUUGCCUGUACAUCAAAGGAACAAAAAGAUGUUCAACGGCAACACAAGGAGACUCUGCGAGCACAGACUGAAACACUGAGCGUGAACACCAUCCUGAUGAAAGAGAAGGUUAAGAAUUUCCUGCUGCGUGAUCGAUACGCUAAGCUCACAAUCAUCUCCACCGUUCGGCAUCGGAGACUGGUGGAACAUGAGCUGCUGAAAAGUUUCUUCAAGGAAAUGAAGAGAUUUUGGUCUGAUCACAAAGCUGGGAGUUCAGCAGCCGUGGCUGGAGUCCCGGGGAUCGGAAAAACAACAAUGGUGCAGAAGCUUGUUCAUGACUGGGCCACGGGGAAAAUAUACAGACACUUCCAGUUUGUCUUCAGUUUCAAAUUCCGGGAUUUAAACGUAAUUAACUGCAGUAUAAACCUGAGGCAACUAAUUCUGCAUCAGUAUCCAUACUUUGGGAAUAUGCUAGGAGAGGUCUGGAAGAAGCCAGAGGGAUUGCUGUUUAUAUUUGACGGUAUGGAUGAAUUCAAGGGCAGAAUUGAUUUUUCUGACUGUGGGAGAGACACAGAACCUCAGCACCAGUGCCCAGAUCCCGAAUCCCGGUGUAACGUGUCUGACAUUGUGUACAGUUUAAUCCAGCACAAGCUGCUCCCAGGGUGUUCAGUGCUAGUGACCACCCGCCCCACUGCCUUACAUUUACUGGAAAAGGCAGAGAUCAGUGUCCGGGCAGAAAUCCUGGGAUUUGUUGGUGAGGAACGCAAGGAAUAUUUCACCAAGUAUUUUGAAGAUCAGUCGGUGGCUGCAGCUGUUUUCAAACACGUGAAGGAGAACGAGAUCCUGUACACCAUGAGCUACAACCCCUCCUACUGCUGGCAGCCUUCCCAGUUCCUGUCCGGGUUCAUGAUGGAACUUUUGGAGAGAGAGGAUUCAGCCCGGAGCGUGGUGUACACAUUCCCGCACCUCACCAUCCAAGAGUUUGUAGCCGCACUUGCACAAUUCCUGACUGUAGAUCCCGGGAAUAUCGUGAAAUUCCUAUCUGAAGCCCACAGCACGACAGACGGGCGAUUUGAAGUAUUUCUCCGUUUUGUCGCUGGUCUCUCCUCCCCACGGUCAGCUCGGGGCCUGGAGGAGUUUCUGGGUCAAUUUCCUAAUGAAACAACCUGCCGAGUGAUUGACUGGGUGAAGGAGGAGGUCCAACGCCGGGCUAGAAACACAGAGAGUGAAGAUGGUCCACGGAGCCUCCUGAACACGAUGCACUACCUGUUUGAGUCUCAGAAUCCUGCACUGGCUCAGCAGACACUGGAAUCUGUGGAAACACUUUCAUUCAGUGGACUGGGACUGACCCCGAUUGACUGUGCGGUCCUGUCUCAUGUCAUCAGGCUCUGCGAUAAAAUCAAACACCUCGAUCUGGAGGACUGCCGCAUUCAGUGUGAAGGUUUCCAGCGGCUGGGACCGGUUCUGCACAAGUGUCAGCACUUGAGACUGGUAUUCAACGACCUGGGAUAUUCCGGAGUGAAACUGGUGUCUGCGGCUCUAAGGAACCCAGACUGUAAAAUACAGAAACUUGAGCUGUACGGUGUCGGUCUCACAGAUUCUGGAGCCAUGGAUCUCGUCUCCUCUCUCAGUACAACCCACACAGUGACGGAGCUGGACUUGGGUGGUAAUAAACUGGGAGAUUCCGGAGUGAAACUGGUGUCUGCGGCUCUGAGGAACCCGGACUGUAAAAUACAGACACUGGGGCUGUAUGAUGUCCGUCUCACAGAUUCUGGAGCCAAGGAUCUCAUCUCCACUCUCAGUACAAAUACCUCGCUGACGGGGCUGGACCUGGGACAAAACUCCCUCACAGACCGAUGUGUCCCCGCUCUCCGCCGCCUCAUACUGGCCUUCCCGAGACUGAAGCUGAUCAGGCUGUGUGCGAAUAAGUUCAGUGCAGAUGGACGGAACCAGCUGAAGAGUCUGCAGGGAACAAGACGCGGACUGAGUGUGGACGUGUGGACAUCUCGGGACGUCGCCACCCUGGGACCAGAAUAUUCAUGGUCAGCAAACGGCGUCUAUGACCGGGCGACCCUACUACGACUGAGAGAGUGCAGUCCUUUCGGACAUUUAGACCCGAGCACGUCUAACCCCUACCCUGAGCUAAUACGCUACAGCGACUCGUCGCUAAGCCGGCACCCGGACAACGACAGGCCCAGGCGGAGACGCGGCAGACGGGGAGGGACCGAACGACGACUCCGGCGCUUGAGGAACUUACAGGACUGCUCCAUGCUGUGCUUCUGUGAAACAUGGCUGGGGGAAAGGACACCCGACGAGGCGAUAACACCAGACGGCUACACGGCCUUCAGGGAGGACCGGAGCGCAGCGGACAGCGGCAAGACCCGCGGCGGAGGAACGGCCGUCCUCGUCAAACAAACCUGGUGUACCGACUGUAAGCUUAUUUCUAAAUCUUGCUCUGAGAAUGUGGAAGAUCUAACUGUGAAGCUACGGCCGUUUUAUUUACCCAGAGAACUGCAAUGUAUUAUUGUGAGUGUCGUGUAUAUUCCCCCUUCUGCCAAAGAAGAGGCUGCACUCAGGGAGCUACACAACAUGAUCAAUGAGCAUGAAAACAAAUAUCCUGAUGCUGCUUUUAUUAUUCUGGGAGACUUUAAUCAUUGCAACCUCAAGAAAAACAUUCCAAAACUGUAUCAGUUUGUGACUUUCCCAACUAGAGGAAAUAAGACACUGGACCACUGCUACAGUAAUAUCAAAAAUGCUUUUACAGCUGAACCAAUACCCCACUUCGGCAAGUCUGACCACCUGGCAAUUCGGCUCAAGCCCACCUACACCAAGAGGCUUAAGGCAUAG